GGGAGUCCAAUGGCGAUGGGUGAGGGGGCGUGGCUUAUGGGAUUCCGCCCCUCACGGAAGAGAGGCAAGGGCGCGCAAUGGAUGGGGGCGUGUCCUGCGUGGCCCCGCCCCUUGCCCUCCUCCUUGCGGAAGGGACCCGGGGAGCCAGGCAGGAAGGCAGGAAGGGAGGAAGGGAGAGAGCUCGGCGGCGGCGGCGGCGGCGCUCCGUCGGGUCCGAUGGAGGCGGGGGGCUGGGGGUGGGCGGCGCUGGUGCUGCUCUUCGCGGCCUCGCUGCUGACGGUCUCGGCCUGGCUGCUCCGCCUCGCCGCGCCCCCGCUCCUCCGCCGCCUCCGCCUCCUCCUCGGGAAGGAACGGGGAGCGGGGCAGCGGCGGGAGGGGGCGGCGGGAGGGGACGAGGCCCUGCUGCGCGCCCUGGCCGCCCUCCGGCCCCUCCGCGCCGCCGCCCUCCGCGCAUGGACCGCAGCCCUCCGCGCCGCACAGCAGCACCGGCACGGGAGCUUCAUCCAGAUCGGCUUUGAGGAGAGCCCUCAGCAACUGCCCGCAGUGACCAUCACCCAGCUGACCUGCACUGACCGCUCGGACCGCAGCAUGACGUUCCGCUGCGACCUCUCCACCGACAGCAUCCAGUUCCCCGUCUCGGUCACUCAGCAGAGUCCGGCCGCCGUUUCCAUGGACACCUACCAGGUGCUUCUGGCCGUGCUGCGGGCCCAGCUGGAGAUCCGUUUGGAGGAGAUCCAGGACGAGGGGCUGCUGGUCUCCUGGGCCUUCCAGGACCGGCCGGAGUUGGACCUCUCGGUGACCCCGCGGCUCCAGCUGCGCGAAGACGAUGACGGGCGGGUGGACCUGUCCAUCAUCAAGGACCUGAUUGAGGAUUCGGUCAUCAGCACCCAGCCGGCCAUGAUGGUGAACCUGAAGGCCUGCAUCACGGGGGGCAACCUGGUGCCUUGCAGCAGCCUUUCUCCGGGGCCUCGCUCUGGUCCGGCGGCCAAACUGGUCCUGCAUCGCGUCCGCGGGCUGCGCUUGGGAUCUGAAGAUGCGCCAGGGAGCCGGGAGCUGUGCUGCGCGGUGGAGCUGGACAGCCCUCGGCAGCUGAAGCGGACCAAGCCGGUGCCGUCCGGCGGCUCAAGCCCUGCAGCCGAGGUGGAGUGGCCGGACAAGCUGGUUCUGGAUCUUGGCCCGCGGAGCAAAGAGGUGAAGCUCAGCAUCCUUUGCAGCAGCAACAGCAACAGGAAUGGACCCAGGGAAGAGGUGCUCCUGGGGUUUGCAGCCAUCCCGCUGAGCUGCCCCUCCAAAGACCCCCGCGAUCAUCCCCAUCAUCAUCAUCCCCAUCAUCAUCCGCAGCAGCAGGUCUUCUCCCUCCGGCCCGGCCCUCGCCAGAGGCUUCCUCCGGAUGCUGCUGUCGCCCUCGAGCUGCUGUUCCAGGAGUGCCCGGAGGCCUCGUGCUUGCUGCGCGCCAGCAUCACUCCCACCAAGAAGGUGGAGAUGGACCGCACCAUCAUGCCUGACGGGACCAUCGUCACCACGGUCACCACCAUCCAGUCCCGGCCCAAGGCCGACGGCAAGCUCGAGUCGCCCUCCCGGUCCCCCUCCAAGGUGGAAGUGACCGAGAAGGUGACCACCCGGCUCCCCCAGGACGGGUGGCAAGGCGGCGGCGGCGCUUCCCCCACCAGCAGCAGCCGGAGCAGCCACGUCUCCAACGGCCUGGACCCCGUGGCCGAGACGGCCAUCCGGCAGCUGACCGACUUGACCAACAAGCCGGCCAAGAAGACCCCGACCAAGCGCAGCACCCUCAUCAUCUCAGGAGUUUCCAAGGUCCCGCUGGAGGAGGACGAGGCGGCGCUCUCGCUGGGCUACGCGGCCUCGCUGGAAGGCGCUCUGCAGGACGACUCCCUCCUGGCCGGCGGGUCCGAGUCCUCCCAGAGCCCGGCCCACACCCCCGCGGGGGGGGACGCACAGGACCCGGACGAGGCCACGCGCUCCGACAUCUCCGAACGGGCCUCCGAGGCCGAGUCCGAGACCGGCUCCACCGGGGCCCUGGAGACACGCAGCCUCAAGGACCACAAGGUGGGCUUCCUCCGGAGCGGGACCAAGCUCAUCUUCCGGCGGAAGCGCAAGCAGAAGGAGGCCGGGCUCAGCCAGUCGCACGACGACCUGCCCAACGCCAAUGCCGCUCCACGCAAGGCGUCCGGCAGCUUCUCCCGGCGGCUCAUCAAGCGCUUCUCCUUCAAGGCCAAGCCCAAGGCCAAGGCCAACGGGAGCGCGACGGCCGCCGCGGCGGACAAGCACUGAGGGUCAGCGAGGGCCGGGCCGCCUCCCCUGGAGCCCCCUCCCCACGCCUCGGCGCCUCCCCUCCCUUCCGGCGCCUCCCCGGUUCCUCUCCCCUUCCGGGCGAAGGAGGCCGGUCGGUCGGCUCGUUUCGGAGCUGGCCU